UGUAUGGUACCUUGACCCUAAAAAUAACAGAAACCCCUUCAAACAUGAUAGAUUUAUUUGGCAUCUUUGUGUGGUUUUAAAAGUGGGAGACUAAGAGAGAGACUUAAGCAAAAAUACAAGACUGAGAUUUAAUUAUUUUUGAAUGUCCUGGUAAGCAAUUACUUAAACAGCAGGAUAUUUAGAAAGGAUUUCAGAUGUGUUUAUUUUCCUUUUUUUAAAAAAAAAAAAAUGAGUCUUGAGAAAAGGAUGAAAUAUUUCUAAAUACCUUCAGCAAAGCAGCUGUUUUGAAAUGGCUGGUGGUGAAAGUCCCUCUUCACUGCCCUUGUACUGGAGGGACAAGGCUGAGCAUUUCCGGUGCUCUCCAGCCAACAGGUGGACACUGUCACCAGAUAACGUGUUUAUCCCUACGGUAAAGGCGGCACGUGGCUGAUGAGCAGGGAGGCGAGGCCGCCGAGUGAGGCAGAGGGGCAGGCCUGGGAAGCAGAGGACGAUGACAUGGCAGAAGGCGAUUUAGGGUAUGGCCUCAGAAGAAGGCCCGGCGGCAUUUAUGAAGUGCAAGUUUCACAUGUAUUUACAUCUAGAAAAAGAUCAGAUGGAAAGGCCUUUAGUCCUCCCCCGUUUUCAAGAAAUGGGGAAGAAAGAAACAGUGCCGUUUUUCAGUAUUCCAAGCAUAAGAGCUUGCAUGAUACAUACCCGGAAGGACCCCAGAUUCCCUGUCACGGCCGACAAAGUAGCACUGUAGAUUCUAAUUCAGAGUUGUCAAAUGUGGAAUUAAGGCAACGUCUUCAGGAAACUUUAGAGGAGGUAGAAAUUUUGAAAACUGAACUUGAGGCAUCUCAAAGACAUCUUGAAGGUAAAGAGGAAGCAUUGAGAAUUCUUCAAAGCAAUGCAAUAUUUGGCAAAGCCACAAGUCAUACCCAGGCAGUGCUUCAAAAAACUGUGGAACAAAAGAGAUCCUUGGAGAAGGAAAUAAAUGCCUUGCAGUGGGAAAUAGAAUUUGAUCGCAAUAGAUUUAAAAAUAUAGAGGAAUCUUGGAUCCAAAGAUAUGACAGGCUAAAUUGUGAAAAUGCAGUCCUCAAAGAAACUUUGAAACUGAAAACAGAAGAAAUUAAAAUGCUCAAGUCUGAAAAUACAAUUUUGAAUCAACAGUAUUUGGAGGCCCUCGCCAUGCUUGAUAUCAAACAGCAGAAGAUGGCUCGGGAAAACACAUGCCAGGACACAAGUGGCUUUACAGAGGUUUCAGGUCUUGAGCUUGCAGUCCUGGGAGCCUGCCUUUGUCACGGUCCCAGAGGGAGCCCCUGUACCUGUGCCAGACUGGCAGCAUCUACUCGGAAAAUGCUCCUUCAGGUCAAACAGGAGUUGGAACUUCUGCAGAAGAGUAAAGAAGAAGCCUACAUAAUGGCAGAUGCAUUCAGAAUUGCAUUUGAGCAACAAUUAAUGAGGAAAAAUGACCAGGCACUAAGAUUGACACAAAUGGAUAAAAUGUGUAAGAAAGCAACAAAAGGGACAAAUUGGAAGCACCUUAAAGAUGAUGGGUUACCAUCACAAAGGAGUAAGAAGACCUUAGGGCAGAAACUGUUGGGUAUGCUCCCUUUGGAAAACAGUUCUAAGAGUACUGAUGACCAGCAUGAUCCUCAGGAAGUCUUUAAGACGCUAACAGAUUUGUUAAAUGAUAAAGAAGAAGCUUUGGCUCAUCAAAGAAAAGUUAGUUACAUGCUUGCUCGGGCUUUGGAAGACAGAGGCACCACCUCAAAAGAGAAUAAAGAAAAAAAUCCUAUGAAAGACAAUUCUCCAUUAAAAAACCCCUGGCAGAAAACUUCAGAAUUCCCUGUUUUACGUGAUCCUGUACAUUCAAGUGUUCAAAUUUUUAAUUCGGUGGGCUGCAUUUGUUCAAUUCAGCACUUUCAAACAGAUCAGUACUACACAAGAACUCUUAAAAGAUCCUGUUCUUUGCCAUCAAAUAUCAUGUACUGAAGACAAACCAGUUGAAAUUAGAACUGAGAGCUGUUUAUAUCGAGACUUUGAAAACGGACCAUGUAAAUGUUGCUACAUCUUCAGAAGUUGUGUUUUCUGGGUAUUCUAAAUUUGGGGAAGCAGCUUUAUAAAUGUUCUCUACAAGACAUUUAUUAGUAUUCUAUGUUGACAUAUUUAUAAAUUAUAUUACUAUAUUUUUGAAAUUUUCAGUAUUUGCCAACAUCUUAAAAACAAAGAAAUAGUGAUUUUGAGAAGAAAAUUAACUAUUUAGAUUGACUUAUAGGGAUCUUUGGCUCAAGCAAUAAGAGUGACUGUUACUUUUUGGAAUACAUUUAUCUGGUUUUGUGUUUUUCUGGAUUUUUCAUUUGCCAUAUAAAGUUUAAAAAUAAUUUCCUUCACUUCAAUAAAAAAGUUACUAUGGUGGGA